AUGGAUCAGUUGAGGUCCAACUGAAGGAUCAAACAUGUCGCAAGCGCUAUAUUUUGACACUUCUGGGGCAUGUAACGCUAUUUCCGGACAUUGAGUGCCUCGCUUGACAGCUGAUCAAAGGUAUAAGUGUUGGCCUCAGGACCAUGUCAGGCAACCCCGAACGACCACAAAGUAUCGGACUCCACGUUCAAAGCACCUCUCCAGUUCUACAUUGGUCUCAACAUCGGCGCGCGAGCUCGACAACAUGGCUCCGAUACUCCACAUCUUCACUGUACUUAUCUUCUCAUUCCAUGCCGCUGCCCGAGGCACGCAGUUCAUCACCGGCCCGUGCACAUCCGACGCCGACUGCGCAUCCGCCUGCUGUGGCUUCAACAGCGGUAAAUGUGCAGGACCCGUAGUCGCCCAAGAGAGAGACGGAGGAUGCGGAUUCGGCAAUGCUCAGUCCAACGAUGACGCUGCGAAAGCGAUUACUGGGGGAACUCCUACGAACGCACAGCCUGAGCAGGCUGCGUCUGUGCAAUCGACGUCAGCUGCUGGUCAGGUGGCGCCAAGUGCGAUUACGAAAGGAACACAGUUCAUUACUGGAGCGUGCACGAGAGAUGCUGAUUGUGCGUCGGCAUGCUGUGGGUUCAAGUCUGGAAAGUGUGCAGGGCCGGCAAUUGCGCAAGAGAGAGAUGGUGGGUGUGGGUUUGGGGACGCGCAGCCAAAUGAUAAUGCGUUGAAGGCCCUAAAGAGACAAAUUGUUAUCUGACGCUUUCAAAGAAAAAGGUUUGUUGCUAGUAAAAGGUACAAUUGCAAAAUGACAGAGCCUCGAUUGAUUGAUUGAUUGGUUUAACGUCCUAUCUGAGUCUAAG